AUGGCCGACUCACCAAGACGACACUGGAACGGCUCCGUCGGCGACCGCCACGAGCAUCAGAACGUCUGGCUGCGAGGAGGUGUUCGAGGCCCGGCCGUGUCGUCUCCGUGGGCUGGAUGGGAUGCUUAUCGACGACGGGACUCCGAAACAUCCAUCAACAGCGUCAGCAGCAGUAGACGCUCCUCCUCCUCCCCGUCAGGUACCCCCCUCUUCACCACCCUGACGCACCAGAAACGCAGCUCUACCGAUCCGGACCUCACUGCUCGGCGCAAGAGUUACAGUGAGCAGAGCCCUGAAAAGGAAAGGGCAAGGGAAAUUGGUUAUGUUGUUCAUUGGGUAUUUGUUUUGAUGCUGCAAUUUCAAUGUACACGACACGAUGCGACAAGACACGACAAGUGCAUGGCUGUAUCCAUGCUAAAUUUUGAUCCCAAUUCAUGUACUACCAGUACAUGA